CCACGUUGCUAAGCUAUGUAGGGCAUCUUAAUCAGGGAGCAACAUAGGCUCCAUGGAGUGAGAGUGGGAGAAACUGGAGGGAGAAGCUGUAUUCUUUUGGAGGAAUUGGACGUUAAGCUGUUAUUUGUCAAUUAAAAAUUCCCAGCAAGAGUACAAAGAUUUAAGGAAACCAACAAAAACUUAGUCUGGACCCAUUGUAAGGCUGGGAAGGUAUCAACAGACUUGAGUUCCUAUCAACCAGUAUCUGCUUUGUAUCCUCAGGUAUCAUUUUCAAUUCAUCAUUACAAUAAAUUCAGGAUCUGAGCACAGCUGGAUGUGAGGCCAGUCACGUUCAAUCCCAGGAACGUUUCUGCCGACAGUGGAGAGGAGAAAACUAGCAAGCUAGGAGCAUGAACUGCAGACCUCCGGCAGCUGCUCUUCAGUUUGAGAGCAAAGGCAGCCGGGCCAGAAAUGCAAAUUGCUUUCUGGUCAGGCACACCCCUCACCCUAGGAGAGUCUGCCACAUCAAAGGUUUGAAUAAUAUUCCAAUCUGCACUGUGAAUGAUGAUGAGAUUGCACUGAGAACCUUGUGGGGUGUUGGCCAGAGUAACCACACAGAGAAAGAAGAGAAACCAGUUGCCAAGUACAGUGAGCCACCCAGCACCACAGUCCAGGAGAUACCUGGCAGAGGAGUUUCAGGAGUGUCACCUGCCCCAAACUGGGUCAAAGUGCCCCCACGGCCUCAUUCUGAGCCCAGUAGAAAAAUCAAAGAGUGCUUCAAAACUUCCAGUGAGAAUCCCUUAGUAAUCAAACAGGAAGAAAGUAAGGUCACAAAGCCACCGUCACCCCCAAAGGUACACUCCACUGCUGGAUCCUGUUCCUCUGAGGUGAUGCCUACCAAGGUGGAAGUCAAAGAGAGCACCGUUCGCAUACCUAACUAUCUGGAUCAGGAAAUAAAAAUCCUGGCAAAGCUCUGUGACAUUUUACAUACGGAUUCUCUGGCAGAAGUUCUCCAGUGGCUGCUUCAUGCAAAUACAAAAGAAAAAGAGUGGGUCUCAGCUGUGAUUCAUUCUGAGCUGGCUCAGGUGAACUUGUUGCCUCACCACAGAAGAAAUACCUUGGUGGAACCAGCCACAGAGAAUGGGAGGCCAAAGAUGGUUAAAUCACCCUCAAAUCCACCUGCAAAACCAAAAGUGCUGACCAGACCUAGAGAAACACAUCAACCAACCAGGGUGUUAAAUCAAGGACCUGAAGGAAAUAAGGAAGCAUCAAAAGGGGCUGAGAGUAAGUCCCAGUUAUUUAUAAGAAGAAGUAAGAUGAAAAUUCCAGUUGUUGAAUAUUUCAGCAAGCCCAAGUCUCCUCCCAGGCCUAACACUCAGGACAGUGGAUCAGCAAAACUAGGGUCAGCAAGGAGUGUACAACAAGGAUACAACAUCUGUCCCCAAAGAGCAUCUUACCCUUGAGCAUAAAACAGUAGCAGUUCUAUGCCAUGAAAAUUUUUUCACAAAGAGCUUAACAUUGUUACAAAGUGAUCCUCUUUAUGUUGGUACAUGUAAAUCACAAAACACCUAUAGAUAAUGCCUCAAAUAAAUUUUAAUUGAAACAGUUUUUCUAUUU